CACUUCUCACUUCACCACAUCACUGUCACCGGGUGCUAUCAGCGUCGGCAGGCUUAUGGCAUGUCCCAGCUCCCUGGCUAGCUCUCAUUCAUGCAACCCCAUCCACACAAGCAACCACUGAUCAGCGUCAGCUCGUCGCCCCACACCACACUCGCACACGCAACGAAGCUCCACUAUCCUGCAUGCGCAGCAUCUAGCGCCAGCUCAGCUCAGCUCGAUCGUCUCGCCGGCAGCCCGGAUGGUGGAGCGGGAGGCCGCCUUCGCCGUCGCCAGCGUCCUGGCCGUGGUCACCGUGGCCGUCCUGCUGCGCGCGUGCUCCCGCCGCGCCGCGCCCGCGCCUCCGCGCCGGAGGGAGGAGGCGCGCGAUCGCCGCCGCCGCACGGUCGCGGCGGACGCCGCCUUCUUCGCGGGCGGCGCGGCGGACGUCGAGGCGGGCCUCGACGACGCCGCGCUCAGGGCGCUGCCCAAGGUGAUCUACGGCGACGAAGCCGACGAGGCGGCCGGGAAGGCGAAGGCGGCGUGCUGCGCGGUGUGCCUGGGCGAGUACGCCGGCGGCGAUGUGCUCCGGGUGCUGCCUCGGUGCGCGCACGCGUUCCACCAGCGCUGCGUCGACCGGUGGCUGCGGCUGCACCCGACGUGCCCCGUCUGCCGCUCGCCGCCGGCGACCAGCCCCGCCACGGCAACAGCGCCGGCCGCGCCCACGCAGCCCUGAUUACAAGUUCUCAACUUUACUCCGGCUGUAAGCUGUAAAGUAGAAGCAUUGUAGCAUAUGAAAUAGAAGAGGGGCCACCUCAAAGAUUCAUCAGAAACAUCACAUCACAAAUGGCAUCAGGUUCGGAUAAGAUGAGACCGAUCCUUGUUGUCCCUGACCAGGAUUGGCAUCCACAGCUAGCCAAGUAGCCAGCCAGCAGCCUUUAUUUUUCAUAGACAGCAGCAGCAAAUGCAACUGGUUUUGCAGGUUACACAAUA